UUUACAAAGUUACAGAAGGAUUAAAAAAUUAUUAGGAUGUUCAAAUACUAAACACUUACCAUCUGUUCAUAGAAACCAAGUAAAGAGCAUAUAAAAAACAACUGUGAUUGCACAAUAAUGCUCUACUGUUAUUUACAUCUAUCUAAGCAGUUCUGUUGUGCACAUCAAUGCAGUAUCCAUUACAAAGUACUUUGCAGACAUUGAGGGGUUCAUUUGCACAACAUGCCUGUGAAGCAGGUAUGUAUUAUCAUUUCACUUAAGAGAUGAGGGGAAGCAUAGUAAUUAAGUGAUUUGCCCCAGGCCAAAGAUGAGUCAGUGUCAAAGCACACUCUAAAACUCAGGCUCCCUAGUUUCCAGUCCAAUGCUAAGAAUAAGCUUCUCUUUCUUGGAUUCUUCUACAGAAUCCAAGGUCUGUCUGUAAAGUUGUUUGUGUAUGUUUGUGUGUGUGUGGCCUCAAAUAGCAAAGAGAUAUUUCAGGCCUUUUCUACCUAUGAUGGUACCUACUAAAAUACCUAAGAGUAAAUCCCACCAACCAUUGGUGAAUAUUGUUGCAAAUGUUUUGUGAAGACAUUUGCCUCCAGACUAAAUGCUCAGUCUCAGAGAGGCCAAUGAGCCUUAUGUAGUACUCUGCAUAGACCAAGUAAAGCUGCAUGUCAUGGAGUUCUGCAGUUCUGCACAUCGCCUAGUGACUUGUUUUGCUUGCAGAUCUUUGAUUUUAAAACUCUUGGUAAUAAAGUAAGCUCUGCUCAGUAUCUCUUCCCCGGAAGUAAAUGCCUCGAUUAAAAAUAUUACUGCCUUAACUAGGAAAAUGACUGCAUUGUUCACAAUGCAAGGCCCGCUUUGCCUAACUUGGAAGCAUGCACUGUUGUCAAGCCGCAUGGCAAACCCACGAGCAUUGACAUCAAGCCAGUUACUCAUGCAUCAACAUUUUUCAGAAAAUAACAACAUAUCUCUGAAUUACAACGUUACAUUAUUCUUGCUAGCAACUGCUGGUUAAUAUACAGCAAAAUGCUGUGUGGUAACAAAUGGUUUUUGCUAUUGUUGGGCUGAAAUGUUAGUUCAGCUUUUAGAUAAAGAGCAGCUUGCGCACUGAGCCCUUGUAGAUCAUCAUUUCUAUGGCUAGUACAGUAGUUGUGUAGACAACUGUGUUCUGCUGUUCAUCUUUCCUAUGCUACCCUUCAUUUUCCAUUUUAAAUUAGAGGUGGGUUCAGGUAUAUUCAGCGAUGAGGGCCUCUUUGAACCCAGCAGAAUAUAACUGCAUGGGUUUAGAUUAUCUCUGUUGUUAAUCCAAAAUCCAUAGAUUUUAUUUUAUUCCAGUUGUUUUUCUGUCAGAAAUGUCAUAAUAAUUUUAUUUUGUGUCUUUGAAUUCAUUAUUGGUUGGUGUUACGGAAAUCAGUAGGGCUACCAGUUAGUGAUGAGUUGUUGUUUUUUCCAAUGGAAAAGAUGAUAUAUAAAACUUACUUACAGCAAUUAAAAAGAGUUGCCCCUCCCCAUACAGAUACGCUAAAAACUUAGACUAGAGUAGAGCUUGUACCUUUCAGGUGGUACAUUGCCACUUUUAAAAGACAACAGCGACAGAAAAAUUGAAGGUGUCAUCUUGUUAGCCCAUUUCUCAUCAUCACAGGCCUCCCUACUGUACAAAUUCAGACCUCUUGAAAAGAGGACAAAGAACACGCAUCUCCCCAGAUUUUUAAAGAGGAAGCACCGUGGUAAGAAAAAAUAUCUUUAAAUAAAGAGGAUUCAAAGAGAGGAGGAGGAAAAAAUACAUGAUGGUGUGAUGACCUUGAGUUGCAGCCUAGAAUCUGGAGCCCAUUGGAAUGCAGAUUUAAAGCUCUCUCUCUUAAUUUUGACACCAUAAAUGGAUAAUUGAAAGCUCCAUAACUGCAAUGUUUACUUUAAAAUGGAUCAGGAAUAUAAAUUUAUGGCCGGUGGGCCAUAUAUACAUUACAGCCUUCCACCACCUGCCGUAGGCAAGCUGCCAAAGGCAAGCUUUAAGCAACAGAGCCUCUUUCCUGGUUCUGUGUGUGAAGUAUUCUCUCUCAGAUUUGACGUCUACAUCUCUGCCUGUCUGUAAUUGCUAUAUGUGUGCCUCGGUGCAUUGGCUCCCUUUGGCUUCUUCAACAGUAUGAAUUUCCAAAAGAGAGAGAAACUCCAGGGAUGUGAAUAGAAAGACUAUUGUCAAGUGCCGGGAUGGUGAGACUUGCGGAUAGAAACCUCUCCCAGGCAUUGUGAACUUUCAGAAUGGUGUAAAUUCCCAUGGAUAUGAAUUCUCAGAUCGGGAUUAAUCCCUGUGGAUUGUGAAUGAUCAAAAUGAGACUCUUCGGUAAAGUUAAACUUUCAGAACUUAAGACCCCCCCCUCAGAAUGUGAACUUUCCAAAGGAUAUAAAAAGCUCAGGGAUUUUGAACCUCAAGUGGUUCAUCCCUCAAAUAUAAGUACAUUCUCAGAAGUUCCUUCGUCAGGAAUGGGUCUCCAGACACAGGAAAUAUAUGAAGGGUCACGUGGCAGGAAGUGGCCAUUUUGCAAAAGGACUCUUUGUGACAAUAACCAGGCAUUUGUAUUAUAAUGAUAAGAAAGGGACCAUCUUAUUCUUGUCACUUUGCGACAAAUACUACCACGAUUCAUUACUUUCCAUCAGUGCAUCAUCCUAUGGAGGAAUCACCACUGCCUAUCCACAUUGAGGAGGGGACAGAAGUCCCGAUUGAGAUCAGAGGUAUGGCUACAAAGGAGAAGCUUCAGUGCUUGAAAGAUUUCCACAAGGACAUCCUCAAACCUUCCCCUGGCAAGAGCCCAGGGACACGUCCUGAGGAUGAAGCAGAGGGAAAGCCGCCCCAGCGGGAGAAGUGGGCGAGUAAGAUUGACUUUCUGCUCUCUGUGGCUGGGGGAUUCAUUGGUUUAGGCAACGUCUGGCGGUUUCCGUAUCUCUGCUAUAAAAAUGGCGGAGGUGCAUUUCUUAUACCUUAUUUUAUUUUCCUGUUUGGGGGAGGUCUUCCUGUAUUUUUCCUGGAAGUGGCACUAGGACAGUAUACCUCUGAAGGGGGAAUUACGUGCUGGGAGAAGAUCUGCCCUAUUUUCACUGGAAUUGGUUAUGCUUCCAUAGUGAUCGUGUCCCUUCUGAACGUGUACUACAUUGUCAUCCUGGCUUGGGGCCUGUACUAUCUGUUCCAGUCAUUUCAGAGCGUCCUACCCUGGGCUCAUUGUCAUCAGGAAUGGAACACACCUACAUGUGUAGAAGACACUCUCAGGAAGAACAAAACACUUUGGAUGUCGCUGAAUGCCACUAACUUCACUUCCCCCGUCACAGAGUUUUGGGAGCGCAACGUACUGAGCUUGUCCUCAGGAAUUGAGGAAGUCGGUGUCGUCAAGUGGGAUCUAGCACUGUGUCUCCUUCUUGUCUGGGUGAUAUGCUUCUUCUGCAUUUGGAAAGGAGUCAAGUCGACCGGGAAAGUCGUGUACAUCACUGCCACAUUCCCAUUUGUUAUGCUUCUCGUGCUGUUAAUCCGUGGUGUGACCCUGCCUGGAGCUGCAGAAGGCAUCAAGUUUUAUCUGUAUCCCGAUAUCACACGAUUGGCAGACCCACAGGUCUGGAUAGAUGCAGGGACACAAAUCUUCUUCUCGUAUGCAAUCUGCUUAGGAGCAAUGACUUCCCUGGGAAGCUACAACAAGUACAAAUACAACUGCUAUAGGGACUGUUUGCUGCUGGGAUGCCUGAACAGUGGUACCAGUUUUGUGUCUGGCUUCGCAAUUUUUUCCGUCCUGGGCUUCAUGGCACAAGAGCAAGGGGUGAACAUUGCUGAUGUGGCAGAGUCAGGUCCAGGCCUGGCCUUCAUCGCCUACCCAAAGGCUGUGUCCAUGAUGCCGCUGCCCACCUUCUGGGCAAUCCUUUUUUUUAUUAUGCUUCUGUUGCUUGGACUGGAUAGCCAGUUUGUUGAAGUUGAAGGACAGAUCACAUCAUUAGUUGAUCUGUACCCAUCCUUCCUAAGGAAGGGUUACCGACGGGAAAUCUUCAUCGCUAUAGUGUGUUUCCUAAGCUAUCUUCUGGGACUAACUAUGGUGACUGAAGGUGGCAUGUAUGUUUUUCAACUCUUUGACUACUAUGCAGCUAGUGGUGUAUGCCUUUUGUGGGUUGCAUUCUUUGAAUGUAUUGCUGUAGCCUGGGUUUAUGGCGCUGAUAAUAUUUAUGAUGCCAUUGAGGAUAUGAUUGGAUACAGACCUGGUCCCUGGAUGAAAUGGAGCUGGAUUUUAAUCACACCAGUUCUUUGUGUGGGGUGCUUUAUCUUUUCCUUGGCCAAGUAUAAACCUCUGACCUACAACAAGGUCUACACAUAUCCUGACUGGGCAAUUGGCCUGGGCUGGGUUCUUGCCCUUUCCUCCAUGAUCUGCAUCCCGAUGGUGAUGGUCAUACGCAUCAUACAGUCAGAUGGAUCGCUCAUUGAGAGGAUAAAAGCAGUGGCUGCCCCCAAGGAAGUGAAUCGGUGGGCCAAGGACAGAGGAAGCGCCACUCCAUUUUGCGCCAAUGGAACUGCUAAUGGCGGAUUGAUCAAGCCAACUCAUAUCAUUGUGGAGACUAUGAUGUGAGCUCUCUCUAUGAGAGGAUAAACCUGCUUUAACUGCCGUUUACUAACCAUAGAUUCUCAUAGGACCAGGUUUACAGAGCUUUAUAUUUGCACUAGGAUUUAUUUUUAUUUCUCACAGAGAAGUUAUUUUUUGUGUGUGUGGUUUUUUUUUGGUUUUUUUUUGUUUUUUUAAUAUUUUGUAAGGUAAUCACAGCAGACACCUCUCUGGGGAGGCCGAGCUUUCAUAUCAGACUAGAUAUAUUACAGGAAUUUACUAUUAUUGGGUUUUUUAAGUAUAUAUCUAUCUCUAAAUAUUGUACUCCUUACCACUUGAAUUGAUUGUCUUGCCAGCAAUAUAUUCAAGUCUCAGACAGCCAGGUUUAGGUGCUGGUGUGGUGGGGAACAGGGUCAACCCUAGAACACACAAAUGAGCUCUCUUGAGAGGUCUUUUUUUUUUUCAAAGAAAAAGAGAACAACAGAUAUUGCUCUGAGAGUUUGUUUUUCAAAGGUGUAGUACUUUUUUUUUCCUCUGGUUCAAAUGAGGCGAAUGACAGACUUCAGGUUCACGUCAGGAAAAGGGUACUGAACACUGUGACAUUUGUCAUGGUCCAAAAAUGUACAUAUUUGCUCAAGGGGAGGUGAGAAGUUUGGAGUGGAGGAGAUGCGGUUAGGAACAAAAGACCAACCAGGAUCGUUGUCAUUCCUGAGCACAGCUGAAGAGCUUCAUCACUGUGGAAGGCAAUGACUGCAGAGGAGAGCAAGUUUGCCAACUCAGCCCUCUUUACUCUAGCAAAAUGUUUACUGCCUGCAGCAAAAGGUUUGUGCAGGUCUGAAGUUCUGGGCACAGUCCCUUAGUUUUCCUGCACGCUGUAUUUUAGCCGAGGGGGUACUUGAGUUCAAGUUAAAUUUUGCUGCAACAGAACACUAGGCUUUUCUGGAGAAAAGCAUGCACGUGCCGAAGAGCUGAGUUAAGAGAAGGCAGCAUUUGGUAUCUGUGGAACUCCAAAAACAAAACAAAAAAAUGGGAAAGAUGUUUGGGAUUUUUUUAAUUCAAGUAUUGGGCUUUGAUAUCAGAAGAAAAACACCUUGAGGAUUCCAGUUAACCUAGCAGCUAUUCACAACAAGUGCAUUUUCAGUAACAACAAAAAAUGACACGAGUACUUAAGCACGCACUCAGGUGCUUUUCAUCCAUCUAGCCCCACGUGCUCUACCAGUUUAAGGAUUAUCCUUAUUUGUUUGCUGUUUUUCUUACUAUUGGGGAUGCAGGCAAAGGACAGGGGCCAUGAAGUGGUUUACCCAUGUUUCAGAAAGGCACUGGUAGAACUGGACCCUUGACCCCACCAUUACCCUGUUCUGUCACUGGACCAUGUUGCCAUCAUUUUCGCUUUUGUUGGUGAAUGCAUUUAUGGGGGCUGGGAUUCUGUCUACUAGGAGAUGGGGCGCCAGGGGUUUCAAGUGAAGAGUCAGAACGGUAUGUGAUUUUCUUUGGUUUUAAAGCAUUGCCUAGCAUUCCAGUUUAAACAAAUCUAAGUAAGGCAGUGCUAAGCUUCUAACAAGCUGGACUGCUGUACCUGAGCUGAAUAUUGAUCAGCUAUUGAUAUCCCUAGCCCAAAUUAAGAAUUAUAGUAAGGGUUCAACUCCCUAAAGAAUUUCCAACCUUCUGAGAGAACCUUGUUUCAUUAAAAGUCGUGUGUUUUGGCAGGGAGACUUCGCAGGAAACCAGCCCUUUCUAGUUGGGCAUCAUUCUUCAGAACGAAUCCUCCCUUAUGUGGUGCCAGGGUUUGGCUAUCCAAAGGGAUGUGGAGAAAAGGCUUGAUUCAGUAGCAAAGUCAUACCUGCUCACACUUUUGGCAGCAGAGUCCGUUAGUAGCAGAUUCUGCCAUUUAAAGAGCAACAUAUCCUAUUCUUAACAUUCCUGCAUUUACAAAAAAAAGUCCCAUGUGCUAGCUAGCCACUGCACCACACACACAUGCUUUCUAGUCUUGUCAAACAGACCGGGCAAUUUAGAAGUGCACAAUGGACCAAAACCAAAAUAAUAAUAAUAAAAAGAUAGCUUCUGUAGGUUGAGAGUUGCUUUAGGUUGAGUCUAUCUGUGUUUUUAAAUUGGGUGGGGGGGAGGGGGCCAAAUUCCAGGAACAAGAACUGCCAAUAUGAUAUUGCUUUUGUUUGCUUUUCCAGUUACUGUAGUAUGAAAGGAAACACUGCCACAAUUUGUGACAGCAAAUCUGACAUCUCACUAGGCUUGCCCAUUGGCAGUAGGCAUUUUCAGGCCAUUCCAGAUGUCUUGGAAAUCCCUCUGGGCUGCCCUAAGCCAGGAUGAUUCCAAGUGGAUUUUUUCAGAACUUUAUGCAAGGGGAAAAAAUACUGUAUUUAAAAAAUAACCUUUAAUCAAGGAAAAGCAAGAUAGUUGAGUUAAAACUAAUGCUGUCUAUAAUUCAUGCUAUAAACAAUUGAGGAAACAAGUAAAACAUGAUCCAAAGUGCAUUCAAGUCAAUGAAAGAACUCACUGACUGUUGCAGGCUUUAGAAUAGGCCUGUAAUCUUGCACAGCAUCCUGUUACACCUAGCGUACACACAACAGAAACAUGAAUUAAUAUCAGAGCAUCAGGCUAAUGGUUAAAUCCCUUACUUCUGUUGGGAUACAUUAAAAUAACAUUGAUGCUUUGACAUGGUAUUUGGUUAAGCACACACCUGUUACCCCAGCAUGCACCUGCAUUAGGUGCUGCAUAUCUGAACGAAAAAUUGUAUGACAUUUCCCUUGCACAUUGAGAUUUCAAAAGUAUCUGAUGAGCCAGAGAUGGAGAUUUCACCAUGCAUCACUCAUUGUGGAGGGUGGAUUUGAAUUAUGAACCAGAGGAUCAGUGCUACACCUUUAAAGGAGAACUGGAGCCCAGCCCCCUUUUUUGACCUAACUGUGCCAUUCAAAUCACUUGCUUCCAUGUUCCAAAUGAAAGCGUCGUGCUCAUACGCAGCGACUUCACUGAGGCUCUUUUGGGGCAAGUUUCUGGCCCCGGUGUGCUGUUUAGCCUGACUGCAAGGAAGGGCUGGACUGAGGAACAGCAAUUGAAUCAUCCUUUGCAAGAGCAAAACACUCACUCCAAAAGAUUCAACUCCUGCUAAGUUUCGAGUUCCAACGAGCAUGUUCAUUUUGGUUUUUUCCAUUUUCCCCUAAGAAUUCUGAAUUUUACUUGAUGGCAAAUUUGCGUUGCAACAUUAUAUUCUGCCAAAUUAAAAAAAAUAAAAAUAAAUAAACAUUUGUAUUUUUUACCUAUUUAUGAUUGUAAACAUGACUAAUUUUUCUAAUUUACAUUGUAGAAACAUGACCUAUUCUACCUGUCUUAUGUAACUGAGAAAUUAAAUAUUAAACUAUUGCAACUGUUUGUAGAUUAACUGGUUUGGAGCCACAACAGAAAGACCCCAACUUGUGGGUCAAAACCUUGAAACAAAACCUAUGCAUUUCCAAAAAAAACAACCCCCAAACCUGUUUGUUUUCUGUGACAUUUAAUGCACCUUUAUACCUUGUAGUUUCUACUGGGUUUGGAAAUAGCAUUUUCAAGUCAGCUGAAGUCAGAAAGUAUGGGAAAGAUUUCUCCCAGAAGAUUUUCAAAUUAAGCUGUUCCAAUUAUCAAAUGAAAUUUGGGAUUCUUACCUAAAGCAAACCUUCCAUGCUCUGUCGGUUCACUGCUCAUUAGUCAUGAUCUCAUUGGCUUAGCAUCUAUUACAGUGACAUAACCAGUAGUCCAUCCUUUGAUAUUUAUACCAUGUUGUUUCAUUCAUAGUAUUAGUUUUGGUACUCAUUCACUUUCCUUUUCAUUUGUGCAUUGAUGAAUUUAGUCCAGUUAAAUCCAUAAGCCUCAAAAAACACUUUCUGAAGUGUAAGAUAUUGGAUACAAAAUGGGUCUGUUCCUGUGCAGCAAAUAUAAUCACAGAAGCACAGCAGCUCUGUGUACCAUCUGAAAAAUGCUAGUAUUCAGCCUGAUUUGCUGGAUUGGGAUGUGGGUCAGCAAAACUUAUUUGCAGUCAUGCACUUAGGAGGCAAAAACAGCCCACAGCCUUCUAAAUAUAACAAGCUAAACCGUCAACAGGGCAUGUUUAUCAUGCCAUACCUCCAACAUUACCUCUGGCUGAUCUGAGCCCUGGCUUGCUGUCAGUGUAGUAUGCACCCUACCUUCUUAGGUGCAUGUGUAUGUGGUUAUCCAGUCUCUGUCCUGCAUUUCUCUAGAGGAUUUCAUUAGGACACAUGAAAACAUCCAGCUGAUGCACCUUAAAAGCCUCAUCUUGGCCUGCUAGCAUUUGUUGAGCACAACUAUGCUUUUUACUUGUCACACCUGGGAUAACUUGGGUUCAGACCUUACAGCUGCAGAUAUCAGUGUCUAAACCCCUUCAGUGGGAGAAUUGAACUCUGAGAGCAAUUGGUUACAAACUCCAUAUCUUGAGCUCACUGAAUGCCUGGGUGGACAGAUAUAAUGGCAAAUAAUAAGUUAAAUAAGCUCUGUAUUGAGUGGAGUGGACAGGGGCUAACAGCAAUUCAAGUGCACUUGGGGAAAAAAAUAGAUGCCUAACAACACCUCCAGAAAAUUCAGCAUAUUUUUCCUACUCCCUGUAGCAACAAUAGUGAUGUUGUUUCAUUAGAAUACCAAAUGAGACCCACCACCAGAAGUGUACACACACACGAUUAGGAGAGAUGGUUUUUUACUUUGGAGUUACACAUUAUAGGUCUUGGGAGAUGAUCUGAUUAGAUGCUCCUGGCAAAGUGUACUAGUCUUAAGAAGAAAAAAAAAGUCAUUCUUCCUCCUCAGGAGUGUUUUAUAGCAUGAAUGCUGUGUCACCUCGCUUGAAGGUUCAUAGUGAUGGACUGUAGAGGGAAUGGGAAAAGUUUAGCCAGUUUUCACACACAAGAAGCCUACCAUUCAAAACAGCCUCUAGUGAAUAGUGAUGAGUUAAAACAAAAGCCUGAAAUCCAACAUGGGCGAACUUUGGGGAAGAUUGGGUCAGGGAUAAAAAUAAUAGUUACCCCUUCUUUCUGUAACAGGCUGCAGAGAAACCACAGAACAAAACAUCCCCCAAGCUUUGGGAGAGUUCAGAUAUGUAUCUGGCCAUCACAGCUUGGGCUGAUCUCUUCCAGAGUUACAAGCCUUGCGUUUAGGAUUAAGAGAGGUUAUUAAACCUUGGAUUAGACUAGUUUGGGAACCAUCAGGAUAUAAUGUUUAAUCUUUGAUAAUUAAUUUUAACCUAAGCUACAGGUGCCCUGAAUGGCAUACACUUGCUAACAAAGGAAUUAGUAUUAACUAGGGGACAUCGGUUUUACACCUGUGUGAAGUAUCACUAAUAUAUUUUGAGAUGCCUUAGGAAAGAAAAGCAGAGUCUCUCAACAACUCCUUGCUCCCAACAAAGAAAGCAUCCCUAAAGCAACUAGUGACACUUCACAGAUGACAGAAAACCAAUUAAUGCUCCUGUCGGAUCUUUUUCUGAUGAAAAAAAUGGCCUAUUUCUGCCCAAAUUAAAAUCUUCACAUCAAAUAGUUGUUUCAUUUAACUUUUCACAUCUUAUUCCAAUGAAAAACAAAUUGGCACAUUUUCAGUUUGGGAUGGUUUUCAAGAACUAAAUCAAGAACUAAAAAAAAAAAUCUGAAGAAGGUUAACAAAGGACAACUUUAGGUGUGAUUUAAACCCAGAAAGAAGCAAACAGCAAUAGUUGGCAAGGAAACAGGCAAAGCUGCUUAAAAAAAUUAGAUGGGAAGAUCCAUGAGACAUUCUACCAAUUUCUCUUGCCAUUUUUCACCAAAACUGAAUUUUGGUGGAAAAUGUUGCUGAAAUAAUUGAAACUCUCAGCUCCCAGACAAUCCCAUCAUGGAUGGAAACCGGUUGAAAAAACAUUCAACAACAUUGCUGUUAGCAUGUCCA